UUUAUAUAAAAAAUCAAGUACUGAUUAAGUUCUCUAUCAAGAUUUUGUUACUUGAACUACUAACACAUUUCUUUCUUUUUUUUUAACUAACAUAUUUCUCCUGAUAGGGACCUUGUGGCAAUUUUAAAAUUCACACCAAUGGGCAAAGGUAAAGUAAAACAUUACCUUCUUUUAAGAUAACGGAUUUUUUAAAAAGCAGUGAAAAACAUGAAGUCACAAUUGCUGACGUUUGCAUAUCUGAUUCUAUUCCUAGUUACGUAUGCUCAAUACAGCAAAGUCUGUAACAUAAUUACAGAACAUCUUAAACUCAAGUCUACCCGAUGAUGCAACUCUUUAUGACACCGAUGGCACUAGGAUUCAUAGAAGGCUGCGCCAGCUUCCAUAGCAGCGGUGGAAAGGUUCUCUCGGAGCCACACCUAUUACCUCGAGUGCGCUCUUGUGCAGAGGCUUUUUGAGGACCAGAGAUAAGGAAUUAGCGAAGCAGAGCCCCUUAUAUUUUGCGUACUCAUAACUGAACAUGGUUAGGGUGAGUGUAAUAUCCAAGGAACCUGGCAUGCUUUGAAAUGCUGCUUAAAGUAAACUGUAAGUUUCCCUGGUCAAAACUCCUUUUUCGUUAUUUCCUGCUGGAGAAGAACAAUGUUCAUGUACAAGGAAAUGAGACAUCCAAAAUGCACAGCUUUUUUGAUGCCUUCAUCUCAUGAACUGUCUGUCAGCCAACACUGCGGCUGUGUCCCACAAACUUCUGGGGCUUGAGAACCAGCAGGGAUUAUAUUCCAGAGAUGGUCCGUGAACAUACGAAGGUAGCUUCAGGUAAAAGAGAGGCUGUGCGACAGACCAAACUCUGCUGUGUGAGGCACUGAAGUGCCUGAGCGAGGGUCGAGACAGAACCACGUGAAGUAAUACCUGAGUUUAAGGCAUCACAAUGAGAAGAUGCUUUAAGAGAAGGUGUCUCGAGAAGAAGGCAUUGUGUAAGAACCAGAACAGGGCAGAAGCCCUCGGUGGAAAAUGUAAAGGGCAGAAAGAAGGCCAGUAGGCCACUGAGGAAGCAGACGAGAGAUGAGGCUAGAGGUGGGCAGGGGUCAGGCCAGCAAGGGAGCCAGGCAGGCUUCAGGACAGGUCUGGGUUCACUUCAGGGCAUGAUAGACAACCAAGGGAGUUUUCUGCAGUGCAGUCACUGACCUGAUUUAUACUUUGAAUAUAUCUCUUUGAUCUGUGCAAUGGUGGGCAGCUUAGGGAAAGAGGAGAGUGAGGAGACCAGGUAGGGGGAAGCAGUUGGUGGCCCUGGGGGAAAUCACACUGGAGUUGUAGAACAGCAGCUGAGGCAUGUGAGGAAUUACAGACAGGCUCUGGAGACAGAUGCAGCUGAGAGGCAGUGGUGAGCUGGAUGUGGGACGUCUUGGCUGGGAUCUGCUGGAGAUGCUAAUUAAACACCCGAGGGAGCUACUGAACAGGCAGCUGGGACCUAGGUCUGGAGCCCUGAGAAGCCACAGGCUGAAGACAGACAUCCCAGAGGUGUCAGUCCACAGAUGUUUAAACAAAGAGGAGGAAGCUAAGGAGAGCCCUGGGUACACCAGCACUUUUGAGAGGAAAACUGAAAAAGGUAUAAUUACUAAACAAAACAGAAGAAAAUCAACUAGCAUGGAAUCCCAUAAUAAAACAAAGGAAGUGUCUCAAGGAGGCCAAACAUCCAAAGCUGCUGUAAGGGCGGGCAAGAUUAAACUUAGAUCGGAGUUGUCAAAGUAUAGGCCAUUUGUCAUCAUGAGUCUUCUCAACACAGCAACAGAAACAAAAGCCCAAGUAGAGUGGCUGGCAGCAGCGGACAAGGUGGGCAGGAGGAGGAAAUGGAUCGAGUCAGCAGACAAGUUGUUCAGAGUUCUGUCAUGAGGACGGCAGGAAAGGGACAGGAGCUGGGGGUCUGGGAAGUGACUCAAAGGAAAGAAGGGUAAGAUGAUGCAGAAGAAAAAUCCAGCUCGGAAUAACACACGUGGUCGUAACAAUGUUGGAAAAAAGGGGGAAAUGCGUGAUAAAAGGCUUUCAGAAGAGGGCUAACUCUUCAUCACCUACCGGAAGUCAAUGGCUAAUGCCUGACACAGAAAGGGUAGGAAGCACCCGAAUACCUACAUUAUUAAGAGAUACGAAGCAAAUGCGAACAAGGUCAGCUACAAAAACUGAAAGCCUUGUGAACCGAGAAAUAGGGGGGCAAACCAGUGACAAACUGCUUUUAUAAAAACAAAUUUCCCUGCAAUGCUGAUUCUUGAAACUAUGUUUCAAACGAGUAUGAUACUUUUAUUUAUGUACAUUUUUAAAAACUUAGAAGACCAUUUUAUAUUGUUGGACCAUGGAACCUAAACUGGGCGAUGGAUAAAAGAGGACACAGGGCGGGUGUGGAGCAUGGGCUUGUGGUGAGAGCAUGGCUGGAAGCGAUCCUGCAAGAUGAGCAAGAAAUCCUCUAGCCAACUCACAAUGAAAAACAUACUCCGUCAUAAAAAGCAAGCACCAGGAAGAAUCAGCCAUCAAAAUAUUGGUUGAAUGAUUUAAUUACCACGACUCUUCAAUACCGUAAAUUAAAAUACAACGGAGCUACGUCUUCAAAAUGGAAAUACAUGGACCCAGAUUUCUGCACCAAGAUAAGCAAUAGUGAAAUGUGCUGGUGGGAUAAAUUUUAUCAAAAACGCAGCCUCCCGCCGUGGAGUGCCGCUCACGGUUGGGCCCGACGCGGCGCUCCUCGGCUGCGGGCAGGAGGAUGGCGCAACUCCCGCGUGUGUAACAUCUGAAGAGAUUUACUGGAUGUGAAAAAUAACUUUCCCAAACCACCUUGGUGUUGUGCUGUGUUUGCUGGGAUGAUGUUUGGGAGACUGAGUCUUCUGCAGCUGCUUUUCACUGGCAUCGUGGGAAUUGCUGGAGGAAUAUAUAUUUAUCAACCAAUAUUUGAACAAUAUUUCAGAGGUCAGAAGACAUUAAAAAAGAAGGUGGAAUUAACAGAAGAAUCAAAAGAGAAGUUAAUGCUACAUGGAGUUGAACUGUAAUAACUGCAUAAAGUUCGAGUGGACUUAACAUUCACAAUA